CCAACACCGGCGCGACACGGGGGGGGACACACAAAGGCUGCGCUGUCCCCUCCUGCGGCGCGGGUAUAAAACCUCCUGAAACCGCCCCAAAACCGCCCCAAACCCCGCGAAUCCUCCCGGGGGCAGCCAGGGCCCCGUGUCCGGUGCCAUGGCCGAGCUGCCCGAGCGGAGCGAAGCGAGCGAUGCGACCGAGCUGACCGAGCUGGAGGCGGCCAUCGAGCGCAUCGUCACCGUGUUUGUCACCUUCGCCGCCAAGGAGGGCAGGAAGGGCACGCUGAGCACCGGAGAGUUCAAGGAGCUGGUGCGGCUCCAGCUGCCCAACAUGAUGAAGGACGUGCCCUCCCUGGAGGAGAAGAUGAGCGAGCUGGACGUGAACAACGACGAGGAGCUGAGAUUCGGGGAGUUCUGGCGGCUGAUCGGGGAGCUGGCCAAGGCCGUGCGCAGGGACAAGGCGGCCAAGAAGUGACGGGGCUUCUGAAAAAUAAAGAGAGGUU